AUGAUCGCCUCAUCCCUAAAAGACUCCUCCACCUCCGACCCCCUCGUCAACCUUCUUCUCGCCAAAAACGCCGACCCCACCCUCACAACCUCCACAGGCGCCACAGCCUUGCACUUCGCAGCCUCCAAGUCAAAUCUGGAUACCGCAAAGAACCUACUCGAGCACAAAGCUUCAGCAAGGGUCAAGGACAAGAGGGGUCAGUUGCCUCUGCACAGAGCAGCUGCCGUGGGCAAUGUACCCAUGAUCAAAUUGCUUUUGCAGAACAGGAGUCCGGUCAAUGCGAGCGACGGAGAUGGGUGUACGGCACUGCAUCACGCGAUUGCCGAGGGCCACGGUGAUGCGGCGGUUGUGUUACUCAAGGCUGGAGCAGAGACGGACAAAAAGGACAGUACCGGUGCUCUGGCGCUGGAUCUUGCUCCUGACGCCAAGGUCAGAGAAUACAUUACGAGAGCUGCCGAGGAAGAGGGAAUCACUCUAUAA